AUGAAGAUCGAGUAUCUGGUUGUCGGGGUUCUAUCCCUGCUGACUCCGCUGGCAGCAGCAUGGAGCAAAGAAGAUCGUGAAAUCUUCCGCAUCCGCGACGAGAUUGCCGCGCACGAAACCGAUCCCGCGGCCAACUUCUACGACGUCCUCGGCGUGACCAAUUCCGCCUCGCUCGACGACAUCAACAAGGCCUACCGCAAGAAGUCACGGCUGCUUCACCCCGACAAGGUCAAGCAGCAGCUCGUCGCCGAAAGGACCAAGACGGACAAGAAGAAGGGUCCCGCCUCCAAGAAGCCUUCGCAGGCAGAAGUCCGCAAGGCCGUCAAGGAGGCGUCGGAGCGCCAGGCACGUCUCUCGCUCAUCGCCAACAUCCUCCGUGGCCCUUCGCGCGAUCGCUACGACCAUUUCCUCGCCAAUGGCUUCCCGCUGUGGAAGGGAACCGACUACUACUACAACCGAUACAGGCCUGGGUUGGGAACGGUCUUGGUGGGCGUCUUCAUCGUGGGCGGAGGCGCCAUCCACUACCUUGCGCUGUACAUGAGCUGGAAGCGACAAAAGGAGUUUGUGGAACGCUACGUCACCUUUGCGCGGAACGCCGCCUGGGGUAAUGACGCCGGAAUUCCUGGCGUCGAUGCUUUGCCUACGCCGCCUCCUGCCCCUGCCCCUGCUCCCGAAGAGGAUGAAGCUGCUGCCCCGCCCCAGCCUAGGAACAGGCGCGAGAGACGCAUGCAGGAGAAGGAGACCCGAAAGGACGAUGGAAAGCCCUCAUCCAGGAAGGCUCGCAAGGCUGUGAGCGCAAAGAGCUCGGCGCAAGGAGCAUCUGCCUCGCCCACCCCUACUGGUGUUCGCAAGAGAGUCGUUGCUGAAAACGGAAAGAUUCUCGUGGUUGACUCUCAGGGAGACGUCUUUCUGGAGGAGGAAGAUGAGGAAGGCAAUGUCAAUGAGUAUCUUUUGGACCCGAAUGAGCUUCUUCAGCCUACCUUCAAGGACACCGCCGUGGUUCGCGUGCCUGUCUGGAUCUUCCAGUCAACCGCCGGACGUUUCUUGCCUCAGGGCAGCGUGAACGCCGAGACUGACGAGACCGCUGAGGAGGACUCUGACGUUCCCCAGCACACGCCCCCAAGCUCGGAAUCCGCUGGCGAGGACUUUGAGAUUCUUAGCAAGAGCACGGAUUCUCUGAGCAAGGUGAAGACUUCUGGCGCUCAACAAGGAGGAAGGCCCGUUAAACGCAAGACCAACAAGAAGAAAUAA